UGCGUCAGCGGCAGGAUGGCUGUUUCUGCUGGGCCGGCGGCAGGAGCGGCAGGAGCGGCAGCAGCAGCCUCCGGUGGCUUCGCGGCCCCGGCGGUGGCGGCUGUGGGACGGGAGGCGGGGGCGUAAGAUGGCGGCGCUGCGGGAAGGGGGCCGGUACGGCGUGUCCUGCGGCAGGGUCACCCAAGACAACCUCACGGUGCUGCAUGUCAAGCUCACCGAGACCGCCUUCCGAGCGCUGGAGAGUUACCAGGGGAGCAAGAAUUUGAUUCUUUCACGGCCUUCUAUACAAUUUCAAGGACUCCAAGGGCUUGUCAAGAUUCCCAAAACUGAUCUCCCAAAUGAAGUGCAUACCUUUAAUUUCUAUUUGUCACAUGUUGGCAAAGAUAAUCCUCAGGGAAGUUUUGACUGCGUCCAGCAAACAGUUUCAAGUACUGGAUCUUCACAGCUCAGCUGCUUGGGAGUUAUACAGGACAAAAUUACAGUGUGUGCAACAAAUGAUUCUUAUCAAAUGACUAGAGAACGUAUGACCCAGGCAGAAGAGGAGUCUCGUAAUCGAAGUACAAAGGUCAUAAAACCUGGUGGACCAUAUGUAGGUAAACGAGUACAAAUUCGGAAAGCACCACAAAGUAUUCCAGAUGCAGUGCCUGAGAGGAAAAGGUCCACUCCCAUCAACCCUGCAAACACAAUACGCAAGACCCAUACAAAUAACAGUAUUUCUCAGCGGCCAUAUAGGGACAGAGUGAUUCACUUAUUGGCUCUGAAGACAUAUAAGAAACCAGAACUCCUUGCACGUUUAUUAAAAGAUGGUGUUAGUCAAAAAGAUAGGAAUUCCCUUGCAGCUAUUCUUCAGCAGGUAGCCAAUUUGAAUCCAAAGGACAACUCUUACACACUAAAAGAACAUGUUUAUAAGGAAGUUCAGAAAGACUGGCCUGGAUACAAUGAAAUAGAUAGGCAGUCGCUGGAAUUAAUACUUUCUCGAAAACUGAAUUCAUCUCAGAAUGCAACCAGCACCGGUCAUUUGGAUUCUCCUGUCAGUACUAUUAAAGAGGCUGCUUCUCCUUCUCAGAAACGGCUUUUGGAUUCUGACUUUAUCGAUCCUUUAAUGAUUAAAAAACCAAGGAUAUCUCACCUUACCAAUAGAGUUCAACCAACACUAAAUGGGCACUUGACUGCUUCCGGUGAAAAAAAUGCUGAAGCUUCUCAGCAACCACCUCCCCCUGCAGUUGCUGCAACGCUGGCUGCUCCUCCGCUCCCUCCCACUUGCCUCCCUGCUUCAAACCCUCCUCAGACUGUCAAUUCUAACUCCAAUUCCCCCAGCACUCCUGAAGGCCGGGGCACGCAAGACCUGCCUGUUGACACUUUGAGUCAGAAUGGGAGCAUGUAUGAGGACCAGCAUCAAAAAUAUACUUCUAGGACUCCACUGGAAAUCUCAGCACCUGCUGAAGCUCUGUCAGUGUGCCCAAAGACUGCAGAUGAGAAACAUUCAGUGUUGCACAAAAAGUCCAAGAAAAAGUCAAAGAAGCAUAAGGAGAAGGACCAAAUCAAAGACCACAACAUUGAGAAUGCUGCAGAAAUAGAGAAAGACUGUGAAAGCAAAGAUAUUUCCAAGCUGAAGAAUUCCUGUCAGAAACUAAGUGAAGGUGUUAAAGAGACUUGCACUGCCUCCACAGAUCCUUUGUCAACAAGUGAACUACCGGACUACUUUGUAAAAUAUAUAGCAAUUGUCUCAUAUGAACAGCGACAAAGUUACAAGGAAGAUUUCAAUGCGGAAUAUGAUGAAUACAGAACCUUGCAUGCAAGGGUGGAGAGUGUUACUAGAAGAUUUAUGAAACUAGAUGCACAGCGUAAAUUGGUUUCUCCAGGAUCUAAAGAGUACCAGAUUCUUCAUGAGGAAGUUUUCAAGGAAUACCGGAAGAUCAAACAGUCUAGUCCUAACUACAAUGAAGAAAAAUGCAGAUGUGAAUAUCUUCACAACAAGUUGGCUCACAUUAAGAGACUUAUAGGUGAAUUUGACCAACGGCAAGCAGAGUCAUGGCACUAGGGCUCUGGACCAGAAGAUGUGAAUAAACUAAAGAUUAUUUAUUUAAAAUUCCACACAACUUGCUCUAAGGUUUAAAAAAAAGUGAAACUUCUCAUUAGCAGACCGAGUUGCUGUUUUUGUUGAUCGCGAGGCUAUUGCUUCCCUGCAUAGUUGAAGCUGCUUUUUUUCCUGGUCCUUUUUUUCUUUUUAACACUUCUGCUUAUCCAUGGAGAUAAUUUUACCAUUGGAUACUGGGGAUCCAGUCUCUCUAGUUCUGAAGUUAUGCACAUUUUAAAGGAAAAAAAAAGUUGUAGCAAAAGAGGAAGGGUUUUGAAUGAGUACAAGUCUGUUUUCUCACCUUUUCUUGUUAAUACAGAACUAUUUGCCUUAAGUGGUGGAAAGUUUAAAAAUUUGCACAAAAUAAAACAAGUGAAACAUUGUUUUGGGGAGGGGUCACAGGUGGUAUAUAGCGUUUAUAUACACACCUCUCUAUUGACAACAGUAUCUUAUUUCUGUAAUUUCAACCCCCACUGCAAUGAUUGCCUUACGUCGUUAGUUGUUUAUCUGAAUUGUAUUUAACCCAUCUCUCCAUAAACAACGCUGCUUCCCACUGCAUAAAAAUGGGAUGCAUUCUGUGGCCUAAUGUAUCUGAAAUAAGUGUGUGUGAAUAAAGUGUGUGUAUGAGAGAGAGAGUGAGAGAGAGGGAUCUUGUGUAUGCACAAUUCGGAGCAAACUCUUACAUAGGUCUAACGUUCAUGUUGAAACAACUGACAAGUGUUAGUACAGUUUUUUCCUUAUGAAACUGGCACAUGUGUUCUAGGUGACAAAUAUUUCAAUUUCAACAAUUUGUCAACUUUCUUAUCAAAGAAAAAUUGAUACUUUACAAAAAAAACUAAGUCUAUAGUUUUGGGGCAAAAUUAUAAAAUUAUAUAUGUAGGUGACCUAUUUAUAUAACUGCUAUAAAAGUAUUUUUUGAAGAGAAAUAUGCAAAUGAAGCUAUUGCCUACAUGAAAUGUAUAUUUAAAGAUUUUUCUUCCUGAGUGUCAGGAAUAUAACAAAGAUGUAUUUAACUAUAGAAUACUGUGAUCAUUGAACAGCACAAACUUUCAUUUCAUGCAGUUAAUUGGUUUAAUUUAAUUAAACCAUCACUUUAUCAUGUGGGAACAUAAGUUAUUUGGUCACAAAAUUGACUUAUACCUGUCCUUUCUUUUUUUUUUUUUUUUGUCUUAAUAUAUUUCUUUCAAAGUGCUGCCAAUUGAAAAGGGAAGCAUUAUGUUUACAAGUCUAAUUUUUUGGAAUGUUUGCCAAAAUUUUGGUAGUAUCUUUAAUAAACUUGUCUUCAGCAUCAAA